AUGGAAACUGCUCUCCUUGUGAAAGGGGCAGUCGGAAGGGAUAGGCUGGGGGGAAAUAUUGGGGCCGGAGGCUUGGGAAGUGGAAGAUGUGACGCUAGAAGAAAUGACAAAAGGUUUGAUCAUAGAGACACUAGAAGGAGAGAAGAAAGGAGAGAUGAUAGGAGGGAUGACAGAAGGGAGAAGAGGGGUGGCCCUUAUGACAGAAUAGUCAACCUGAUAAAAUCUCCAAGGGAGAUCCUUAAGACUGAAAGAGUGGGGGGAAACUUCAAACCUCCCCGACCUAUGAUACACAGGACCGGAAAAAAGGAUAUGUCAAAGUAUUGUGAGUUCCAUGAAGACCGUGGCCAUGAGACAAAUGCAUGCAGAGAGCUUAAGAUAGAGAUAAAGAGAGCCUUGGAUGAGGGAAAGUUGGAACACUUGGUCCCUGGUGCAAAGCAAGGAAAAAGAGUUACCCAGGCUAAGAAGACUUAUACUUGGCAAAAGCAAGACGAGAGGAAUGAUAGACCACCACCCCCUGAUGGCCAUGUGUACAUGAUAAGAGAGAAACAUAAGUAUGAGAAAAGAAAGGCAGAGGUUCUGGAACCAUGGAGAAUGGUAUCAAUCUCUUUUCUUCCAGUAGAGGCUGUUUCUUCUGAUCCAGUGGUGACACAGGCCAUAGUAGCAAACUUUGAAAUCCGAAAGGUAUACUUAGAUAAUGGAAGCUCAUCCGAUAUAACAUAUGAUCAUUGUUUCCAAAAACUUCCUCAAAGAAUCAAAGAUCUUAAACGUCCGUCAAGGACAGAACUUGUUAGUUUCAUGGGAGAAUCCAACAGACCGGUGGGGGAAAUUUCAAUGGAAGUCAUGAUGGGAGAAUAUCCCUUCCAUAGAAUUGAACUUGUUGAUUUUAUGAUAAUAAGGGCACCAUCCUUCUAUAAUGUUAUCUUGGGAAGACCUUUAAUGAAAAAAUUUGGAUCAAUUCCCUCAACCGUUCAUGGAAUAGUAAAGUUCCCAACACCCGCAAGGGUAGCCACCAUUCGAGGACGCAUGACUUCGCCAGAAGAAUGUAAGCAAGUGGAAAAAACUUUGCCAAGGAAAGUUGAGAAAGUACAAGAUAAAAAACAAGACUGUCAUGAGGAGAAAGUGAUAAUAAAUAAGAAAUUUCCAGAUCAGCCCGUGAUCAUUGGGUCACAACUUCCAAGAAGAAUCAAAGAAGAGUUGAUUCAUUUAUUAAAAAAUAAUUUGGACGUCAUUGCAUGGCAGACAUCUGAUAUGAUAGGAGUCCCAAGAGAGUUAGCUAAACAUGCAUUAAAUGCCAACCCCAAUAUAUCACCAAUAAGACAAAAGAAGAGGGGAAUGUCUCAAGACAGAAGCAAAGCUGCAUGUGAGCAGGUCAAUGAAAUGGUGAAAGCUGGAAUUCUUAGAGAAGUUAAGUAUCAAACCUGGGUAGCCAACCCUGUCAUGGUGAAAAAGCCAGAUGGUUCCUGGAGAUUAUGUGUAGAUUUUAAAGACAUCAACAAAGUUUGCCCAAAGGAUAACUACCCUCUCCCAGAAAUUGACUGGAAGGUGGAAUCCCUUGAUGGGUUUAGAUUGAAAUGUUUCUUGGAUGCUUAUAAAGGGUAUCAUCAAAUUUCCAUGAAAAAAAUGGAUGAGGAUAAGACAGCCUUUCAUACAGACCAAGGACUUUAUUGUUUUGAGAAAAUGCCUUUUGUCCUAAAGAAUGUUGGGGCUACUUAUCAGCGUUUGAUAGACAAGGCAUUCAAAGAUCAAAUUGGAAGGAAUGUGGAAGCCUAUGUAGAUGAUAUUGUGAUAAAGAGUCGGGCUGAAGAAAUAAUGUUGGCCGACGUACAAGAAACCUUUGACACCCUAAGAAGCAUCAAUAUGAAGUUAAACCCAUCAAAAUGUAGCUUCGGAAUGGAAGAAGGAAAGUUUCUUGGACACAUUAUAACUCCUAAUGGAAUCAAGGCAAACCCGAAGAAAAUUCAAGCAGUGCUGGACAUGGCAUCCCCUCGAACCAAGAAGCAAGUUCAAAGUUUUAAUGGGAAAUUGGCGGCCUUAGCAAGAUUUCUGUCAAAGUCUGCUGAAAGAUCUUUACCUUUCUUUAGAACACUAAAGGGAUGCUUAAGGAAGCAAGACUUUUCUUGGUCGGCCGAAGCAGAGGAGGCAUUCAAAGAUAUGAAGAAGUUUCUUGCUGACCUCCCAACUCUCACGGCUCCAAUUGCAGGUGAAACACUUACUCUAUAUCUUGCUGCUUCUAAAGAAUGUGUUAGUGCAGUAUUACUUGCAGAAAGAAACAAUGGGCAGAUGCCAAUGUAUUUCGUAAGCAGAGCCUUAAAGGGCCCAAAAAUAAAUUAUCCAUGUUUAGAAAAAUUAGCUCUUGCCUUGGUCCACGCGGCCAGACGCCUAAGGCGAUACUUUCAAGGUCACCCAUUUCGGGUUCUGACUGACAAACCAAUAAGGCAAGUGCUAGCUAAACCUGAAGUAUCUAGACGAUUAGCUAAGUGGGCUAUCGAACAGGGUAAACAUGAAAUUAGCUUCCACCCAAGAACAUCCACAAAGGGCCAAAUCUUGGCUGACUUCUUGGCAGAAACUGACUCUUCCGAUGUCACAGGAAAAGGAAAGGAAGUCCAAGAAGUCCAGGCAACCCAGGAAAAGGAAAGCUCAAAGUGGACCCUCUUCACAGAUGGAGCAUCAAAUCAGGAGGGAUCAGGAGCAGGUCUCAUCUUAAUUGAUCCUGAAGAAAGAGAAUACACUUAUGCAUUAAGAUUCAACUUCCCAGCAUCCAACAAUGAGGCAGAGUAUGAAGCACUCCUUGCUGGCCUCAGAAUGGCAAAACAAAUGGGAGUAAAGAAAAUACAAGUAUUUGUUGACUCUCAACAAGUGGCAAACCAGAUCAAUGGCACAUUUGAAGCUAACCAACCAUCCAUGCAACUUUACUUAGAAGAAACAAAGAAGCUUAUUGGAGAGUUUGAAUCUUUUCACAUAGAGCAAGUUAGAAGAAACCAGAAUAAGAAGGCGGAUGCUCUAAGCAAGCUAGCUUCAUUAACCUUUGCUCACCUCACUAAAGAAGUCUUGGUUGAAGUCCUACAAGAAAAGUCUAUAGCAAAAGGUAGUGAAGUAUCUCAAGUUGAAGAAGAGGAAGACUGUUGGAUGACCUCAAUUUAA